CCUGAUGCUAAAGGACUACAUUUCCCGUGAGGCCACGUACCGGAGCUUCCGUCACCACACUUCCGCUUGCUCAUGACGUCACUGGGCACUACGUGUUCUGGGUUGUGUUGCAGGAAGCUGCGGAGCUUACCAGGCUUUAUGUGACCCAUCUCAUUGCCCUCACCAUGCUGCCUACCACAUCGGUGAAUUCUCGGACACAAGGCAAUGGCACGCUCAGUUCUCGGGAUGCCGCGCGGCACACAGCCGGAGCCAAGCGCUAUAAGUACCUGCGGAGACUUCUUCACUUCAGACACAUGGACUUUGAAUUUGCUAUUUGGCAGAUGCUUUAUCUUUUUACUUCACCACAGAAAGUGUACCGAAACUUCCAAUACAGGAAACAGACCAAAGAUCAGUGGGCUAGAGACGACCCAGCAUUCCUAGUGCUACUCAGUAUUUGGCUAUGUGUGUCCACUUUAUUGUUUGGGUUUGUUGUUUUACAAAUGGGAUUUGUGGAAACACUGAAGCUGCUGUUGUGGAUUGUGUUUGUUGACUGUAUAGGUGUUGGAUUACUGAUCGCAACCAUUAUGUGGUUUGUUACUAACAAGUACCUGGUAAAGCAUCAGGGGAGAGAUUAUGACGUGGAAUGGGGUUAUUCAUUUGAUGUCCACUUGAAUGCAUUCUAUCCACUUCUGGUCAUCCUGCACUUCAUCCAGUUGUUCUUCAUCAAAUAUGUUGUCUUGUCAGAUUGGUUCAUCGGUUACUUUGUUGGAAACACAUUCUGGUUGGUUGCGAUUGGAUAUUACAUCUAUAUAACCUUCCUUGGGUAUAAUGCGCUGCCAUUUUUGAAAAACACAGUGGUCUUACUUUAUCCCUUUGCAGCUUUGAUAUUGCUCUACGUCUUGUCCUUGGCUUUGGGAUGGAACUUUACAGCCAUGCUCUACGCUUUCUACAAGUACAGAGUGAAUUGAAGAUCAUGUGGAUUUCUUGUUGAUUUUGUAUAAAUUGUAAAUAUUCCUUUUUGUUGUCGAAUAUAGUUAAAGUCCUUGGUUUAAGAAAGAACGAGUUGGUUUUUAUUUUGGAAAAGGUGAUGCAGUAAAUGUUUCUUUUCAUGUUGCUUGCACAGAGGAAAGGAAACAACUCAGGGCUGAACCAUUUUUAGUUCAUUUUAAUUGAAAAGCUCAUGGGGUCCAUACACCUUUUAUACAACAACUGACAUGUUGUGUGUUAUCCUUUAUUGUACGUCACAUACAUGUUACAUAGGGUGGGGGUAUUUCAUACUAGUGGUUGCAGUAUCCACAAAUAAAAGAUGCUAAGUGACUGCUCUCAUGUUGUAUACUUUACCACAGAUCAGUCCUAAUAUGGUACCUACAGUUGACUUCCUCUCACAUUACUAGACACGUUUGCUGCUGUCAAAUACUAUGUUUACAAUGGCAUAUUUAUUAUGUUCCAUAAAAUGUAACUUCAUUCAUGCAACAUUUAGAAGGCAUAAGAAUAAUGCUUACAUGAUGAACUCAGUGUG